AUGUCCAAGUCCAGCGCCGGGCAGCGUGCAUCUGCAUCGGGUGGGACCUUGGUCGAGCCGUGCGCCCUGCCUAUCGGACGCGGUAGAGGCGUGGUGAGCCUGCUGUGUCGCAAAUGGGUUUCAAGAGGAUACGCGCCUGCUGCCCUUUUGGCCCACGACGCCGCCGCUCCUACGCCGCAAAUCUACGCUAUUACACCGGCACACGCCUCUUCUCUCUCACUGUCUGCCUCUCUCCCCCCUUUGCCAUAA